AUGCAAACGAAGAGAGAUGGAAGUUCGGCCGAUUUGUUGGAACACUUCAAACCAUUAGAAGAAACGGACCUAGCAAUUCACGUGAAAAAGAUAGAGGAAUUGAAGCAAUGGUUAACAGAAGCACAAAAGCCGCACAAAAACCCCGCGACACAGUUCCUGCUGCUCACGGGUCCGUCCGGCAGCGGUAAAAGUGUUUGCAUCAAAACACUCGCACAAGCAAUGAAAUACGACAUCAGCGAAUGGACAACUCCCGUCGAUGUUGAACUUUUCUUCGACGAUAGGUUCGAUUUCGAUGACCGGGAAGAAAGGAAGGGACGACGUCCUCAGAAGGCACUGUUUGAUGAUUUCCUGUACAAAACAUCACGCUACUGUUCGCUGUUUAGCACCGCGGCCGAAAGCAUUAAAUUGCUGCUCGUGAAGGAUUUUCCCAACUCUAUGCUUCGUUCGCCGGAAGAGUUUCACCAAUCACUGGAGCGAUAUCGGGAUAGCAGCACGGAUCCAAUCGUUUUCAUUGCUACGGAUACGGCUAGCAAAUCACUUGAUGUAGCGUACAAUUUGUUUCCGUCACAUAUUGUGGAGAAUUUUCAGAUACAUCAGAUUAAAUUCAACGCCGUCUCUGCCUCUUUGCUGAAGAAAGCGAUCAAACGUAUCGGUGGCAUUAUAAAGGCAGACAAAGAAAUAUCCAAGCAGUAUCAAGCAGCACCAUCAAAGGCGGUGGAAGAGGACAUCAUAGCUUCGUCUCAAGGGGAUUUAAGGAAUUGCUGCCUGAACUAUUUAUUUACGUGCAUGAAAUCUGAAGCCGUUGUAUUGUCCAAACGUUUGCGGCUGGAUAGCGACACUAGCUGUACUGACAAAAAAGCAAAAUCCAACGUUUCUAAGUUGAAAAAGGAAACCAAGCAGCUAGGACUGAACGAAAAUUUAACGGUCAUGCAUGGACUUGGCCGCAUCUUCCACCCUAAGUUCGUUAAACAAGACGAAAGCGUGAGGUUCGUACAUUCCCCGGAAAGCAUUGCAGAAUGUUUUUUGACUCAACCAUCGAGCAUCGUGUCACUGCUUCAUUCAAACUACGUAACGAGAUGUGCGGAUAUCCAAAACGUGUGCCGAGCAUCCGAUACGCUUACCGUAGUAGAUGCCAUCAUGAACGAGUUCAGGAUGGACCAACUGGCAACGUACGGCAUAUACAUAGCUGUACGCAGCAUGAUGGUUAAUAACGAACAAACCGCGCAUGGUUUUCAACCGAUAAGGAAGAAAAUUAAGGUUCAGCUGCAAGAAAGUACCAAAUCGUACGAAGAGCAGCUCAAAAGGUUGGGAUUAAUACUGCGUCCGGUUCCGGCAAGGUUGUUAGCCACGGAGUACAAGGGUUAUGUAUCAAUCAUUCGAAAAUCAAAACAUUAA